AUGGAUGCAUUUGAUGAGGGUUACGCAGGAAAAAAUGAUGGCGAGGAGAUCCAACCAAAUGCACGUCCCUCCGACGACGAUUCCUACAUGGGCUACGACCCUUCGCAGCGCUAUGGUUUUGACGACGACGCCCAUGACGGAGCUCCUCCACCUCCACCGCAACCAGCCCCCAUAGCUAUGGAUGACUUUUCCGUGGAUCUCAUGAUGAACACUAACAAUAACAUGCAGUCGUCGGAGGGAUAUGGGUUCGGUGGUUCCCCGAAUCCCGAGUACUCUCCCUCGCCUUUCCAUGACAAUGGCACUGGUGGUAAUGCAAAUGGGAACGAGAAGCCGUAUGAUACUGCAGCUGACACUGAAGGGCUAUUCACGGAUCCCUCUCCUGAUGGGCCGUUGCUUCCUGACCCCAGUGAGAUGCGGGAGGAAGGAGAAGCUUUUCGUGAAUGGCUUCGUCAAAAUGCCAUUUAUCUUGAGGAUAAAGAGAAGAAGGAGAAAGAGACGAGGAAUCAGAUUAUUGCUGAAGCUGAGGAUUACAAAAGACAGUUUUAUGAAAAACGGAAACAGAAUUGUGAGACUAACAAGGCUCAGAAUAGGGAAAGAGAGAAACUUUACCUUAAAAACCAAGAGAAGUUCCACAAGGAAGCUGACCAACAAUAUUGGAAAGCAAUUGCGGAGAUCAUCCCUCGUGAAGUUCCCAAUUUUGAGAGGAGAAGAGGGAAAAAAGAAGAGGAAAAGAAACCUUCUGUUUUGGUUAUUCAGGGGCCAAAGCCCGGGAAACCCACUGACCUCACGAGAAUGCGUCAAAUGCUUCUGAAGUUGAAGCAGACACCUCCACCUCACAUGUUACCACCCCCACCCGAACCUGAGAAAGAUGGUAAGGGAGGGAAGGAUGCCAAGAAUCAGAAAGUCGGAACACCAAACGAACUAAAGGAUGGAACAGAUGCUACUCCAACAGCUUCUUUGGCUGCCGCGUUAGACAAACCCGGUUCACCUGCUAAAGAUGCAACAAAAGGCGGUACUCCUAAAACGCCCACGCCAGAUGCAUCUUCUGCUACAGGAGAUAAUAAAGAAGCCGAGAAGGAGGCUGCCUCUAUCGCUUGA